AUGUCCAACAAAAUCAUCGCCAACAUCGACACCCCCGACCCCUGGAUCAUCGCCGGCAACGGUCGUUUCUACUUCACCUUCACCCUCGACAACCGCAUCGAGAUCUGGUCCUCGCCCACGCUCGAACACUUCCACAACCCGCAAAAGUCCACCGUUUGGCACCCCGCCCCGGGCACGCCCUGGUCCGUCAACAUCUGGGCCCCCGAGCUGCACUACCUCAACGGCCGCUGGUACAUCUACACCUGCGGCGCGCCCCCGGGCGUCGGCAACCCGGGCCACCGCACCACCCUGCUCCGCUGCUCCUCCCAGGACCCCAUGGACGCCUCCGCCUGGGAGUUCCUCGGGCCCCUCAAGGGCAUGCCCGACCACUGGUCCAUCGACGCCACCGUCUUCUCCCCCAACACCCGCGACCUCUACUGCUGCUGGAGCGGCUGGCCCGUCGGCGACCACUCCGACACCGAGCAGGACCUCUUCCUCAUCAAGAUGGCCGACCCGGAGCAUGCCAUCCCCGGCACGCUGGUGUGCAUCUCGCGCGCCGAGCUCGAGUGGGAGCGCCCCGACGACGGCCGCCGCGGCGUCAACGAGGGCCCGUCGUGGGUCGACAUCCCCGGCGUCUUCCGCGGCAUCGUCUACUCCGCCGACGGCAGCUGGACGAGCCAUUACAAGCUCGGCCUGCUCCCGCUCGUCGGCCAGGACCCGCUCAACCCGGCGUCGUGGGCGAAGCGGUCGACGCCGCUGCUCAAGAGUCAUAAGCGCUGCGGCGGGCCGUUCGGACCGGGGCACGCGAGUUUCCUACCUAACCCGCGGGACCGCAGCCGCGUGUACUGCGUGUACCACGCGACGGCGGGCUACGGCGAGGGCUGGGCGAACCGGAAGGCGCGGGUGAUCGACAUGGGGCCGGAGUGCUUCGCGCCGAACGCGCAUCCGCUGUGUUGCGCGCUGGAGAACCACAUUCCGAAGCACCACAAGAGGGAUAAGAGCGGCUCCUGUGUCAUGUCAUGA